AUGUCGGAUAAGCCGAUUGACAUACAAUAUGAUAAACAGGCUACUCCAGAUCUAAGCGGUGUGAUUACUCCGCCAAUAAGUAAAAUUGAUAAUGACACAGUCCGGAGUAAACUUUCAAAACUGGUAGGAGAUGCUAUGGCAAGCAAUCCCUAUUUCGCUGCCGGCGGUGGGCUUAUGAUUCUUGGCACAGGUUUAGCUGUAGCUAGAUCCGGUAUAAUAAAGGCCAGUAGGGUGUUAUACCGACAGAUGAUUGUCGAUUUAGAAAUUCAAUCCAAGGACAAAUCAUAUGCCUGGUUUUUGACAUGGAUGGCUAAACACCCUCAAAGGGUCUCUAGACACUUAUCCGUAAGAACUAAUUACAUACAACAUGACAAUGGAUCAGUCAGUACAAAGUUUUCACUGGUUCCAGGUCCAGGUAAUCAUUGGAUUCGUUAUAAGGGUGCUUUCAUCCUGAUCAAAAGAGAAAGGUCCGCAAAAAUGAUAGAUAUCGCCAACGGGUCGCCAUUUGAGACCGUAACACUAACUACUCUGUACCGUGACAAGCGUUUAUUUGAUGAUAUUUUAAACGAGGCUAAAGACAUAGCUUUGAAGACUACUGAAGGCAAGACUGUUAUUUACACUUCUUUCGGCCCUGAAUGGAGAAAGUUUGGUCAACCAAAAGCCAAAAGGAUGCUACCUUCCGUCAUUCUGGACAGUGGCAUCAAAGAGGGCAUUCUUGAUGACGUUUAUGAUUUUAUGAAAAAUGGCAAAUGGUAUUCUGACAGGGGCAUCCCAUAUCGUAGAGGUUAUUUGCUGUAUGGUCCUCCCGGAUCUGGUAAGACGAGUUUUAUCCAGGCUUUAGCCGGCGAACUAGACUACAACAUUUGUAUUUUAAACCUUUCCGAAAAUAAUUUAACGGAUGAUAGACUAAACCAUUUAAUGAAUAACAUGCCAGAAAGAAGCAUACUGUUAUUGGAAGAUAUUGAUGCGGCAUUUAACAAAAGAAGUCAAAGCGGUGAACAAGGCUUUCAUUCUAGCGUAACAUUUAGUGGUUUACUGAAUGCCUUGGAUGGCGUCACAUCUUCUGAAGAAACGAUUACUUUUAUGACUACUAAUCAUCCUGAAAAACUAGACGCGGCCAUAAUGAGGCCAGGUCGUAUUGACUACAAAGUCUUUGUUGGUAAUGCAACUCCAUAUCAAGUGGAAAAAAUGUUUAUGAAGUUUUACCCAGGCGAAACUGACAUAUGCAAGAAAUUUGUAAAGAGCGUUAAAGAAUUGGAUAUUACUGUAAGCACCGCCCAGUUGCAAGGACUAUUUGUUAUGAAUAAAGACGCACCACUCGAUGCGUUGAAAAUGGUCUUCAGCUUACGGAACGCUAAUCAUAUUUUUUAG